AUGGACCGAGUCGAGAGCACGAAGCUGACCAAUAAUACUAUGAUUGAUGUUGAAAGCAAGCUCGGUACGAUACAGCCGACCAAACAGGACGAUGUGGCAGCAGCGUACACGAGCUACUUCAACGACCAUGAGUCUUUCAGUCAAAAAGAGGCUCGCUCCUUGCGCUGGAAGCUUGACAGGCGCCUGAUCCCUUUGUUGAUGUUCAAUAUCAUCCUUGGAGCCAUGGAUAAGGUUAGCACAUCCACCGGCGCUCUGUACGGCAUGCGAGAGGAUACGAAUUCCGAGGGUGAUCGUUACUCCUGGCUCGGCAGCGCAUUUUACUUUGGCUACUUGGUCUGGUGCUUCCCUGCAGCUAGCCUUUUGCAGAAACUGCCCAUUGCCAAGUUGAUGGCAUGUGUCAUCUUUCGUGAGGUUCUGCUGGGAAUUCUAGAAGCCCCUAUUAUUCCCGGAGGAUACCUCAUGCUUACAAUGUGGUACACCCGCCACGAACAGUCUCUGAGGUCGGGGCUCAUGUACACGAACUUGUCAACAUUCAUCAUAGGACCAGUCGGUUACGGGAUCGGCGCGAUAAGUGGAGGUCACCAAUGGAGAUGGUACUUCAUCUUUCUUGGAUCCCUGUCCUUGGUCUGGUCAUUGAUCAUCGGUUUUUUCCUCCCCGACAACUUACCCAGAGCCAAAUUUGUAUCUGAACGCGAGAAAGCCAUUGUCGUUGAGAAACUUCGGCCGGACCAGACCGGUAUCGAAAACAAGUCGUUCAAGAAGGAUCAGAUGAUUGAGGCACUCUUAGACCCGAAGACCUGGCUGAUGUUUGCCUUCAAUGUCUUCGUUAGUAUUCCUAACGGCGGAUUGACUAAUUUCCAAGCAUUAGUCAUCAAAGGUAUAGGUUAUAGCUCGCGUCAGGCGCUCCUGCUCACUAUCCCUGAGGGUGCGGUCGCAACAGUCUCGGCAUGGCUAUGCAAUGGCGGAGUUUGGUAUCUCACCCGGCGCUGGCCGAAGCUGCAAUGCCGUGUUGGUAUUAUUAUUGCCGGAGAGCUCGUUGGGAUGAUCGCGUCGGUCUUUCUCUACACGCUCCCCAUCGACAGCGUUAAGGGCCGCCUAGCUGCACUUUGGAUGGCCAAGUUCUUCCUGGGACCGUACAUUGUCAGUCUUGCACUGAAUGUUGCCAACAUCGCGGGCCACACCAAAAAAGUCACCGUACAGGCGGUUAUCUUCAUCGCUUAUUGCAUCUCGAACAUCAUUGCACCUCAAUUUUUCAAGGCCAGCCAGGCACCACUCUAUGCCAUGGGCAUGGGAGCCAUUCUAGCUGGCUAUGUACUUGCAAUCAUCUCCAUUGCUUUAUACGGGUUCUACUGCUAUUGGGAGAAUUGCCGCCGUGCCCGCAUUGAUGAUGCCAGAGGGGAACGUGUUCACGUUGACACAGACUUCAAAGAUCUCACGGACAGACAAAACAUCCAUUUCCGUUAUGUGUGGUGA